AAAUUAUAAAAAAAAAACAAAAGGAAAAAAAAAACAGCCCUCCUGAGGCACAUUUAGGCCGAUUCUCUCUCUCUCUCUCUUUCCGUGCGAGCGAGGGACCGGCGGGAGUCUGAUCUCGCCGGAAUUUCGAGCUCCAUUGCCGGAAUCUCCAUUCUGUCUUCAGUUCCGAGCUUAGAACCCUCUAGUUGUCAUGUAGAAGCAAACUUGUUCUUGAGAAGAAGCUCCAUUUUUGUUUGAAAUUCCCUUCUCUCUCUUUUAAAAAGAAAAUUUUGGUUUCUGUCAGUCUUAUUCUCUUUCUUGUCAAUUUUCCAGAGAGAAAAUUGCCGAGAAAGAGAGCAAUUGCGAAAUUCGGAUGUUUUGUUGCUUUUCUGGAGAGGAAUUUUUUGGGGGAAACAGACUGGUGAUUUGGUUGCGUGGGUGUGGCUCUGUUACAUUAGGGUGAUUGAAUUUUGAUAAGUUUUUGUUUGUAAAAUUUUCUGGUUUUCUGAACUGCACAAUGCCAUCUGAAGUAAUGGAACAAAGAGGUGUAUCACUAUCAGCCCCAUCUCACCUCUUUGAUGAACUUCGCUUUCCUUCUGAGAAACAAGUUCGGAAAGUGAAAGCCAUGCCUGAACAAGUUGUGGGAAGGUCAAUGCAAUGCUUGGAGAUGCCACAGUCCAAUCCAGCCCGGGUACAAGCAGAAAGACAGAUAAUUGGUGGAGAAGGAAUUGGUACCAUCUCUGGAGCUUCAUGGAAACCUAUGGAUCAUGAUCUCAAGUUGUGGUCGGAUUUGCGUAUGAAGACAGAAUCUUAUAGUUUUGAUGAAAAUAAAAAUUUCACUAAUAAUCUUCAACAUGAAAGUAGUCUGUUUUCGAGCUCAUUGUCAGAAAUUUUUUGUAGAAAGUUGAAAUUAUCAGCGAACGAUGUCACAUAUCAUCAGCCUGCCAAUACUGUUAUUUCCAAAGAUGAGGCAAAACCACUGAACUAUUUUGAAGAAAAUGAGGGGAAAACUAUUGGGAGUCUUCUUCCUGAUGAAGACGAUCUCCUUUCUGGUAUGAAUGAUAUGCUGGCAUACAAUGCAAAUGCAAAUAAUGGUGAUGAAUUCGAAGACUUUGAUCUCUUUAGCAAUGGUGGUGGCUUGGAAUUAGGAGAGGAUCGUUUAUCUGUGAUUCAAAGAAAGCAUGAUCUUGUUGGGGGAGUUUUAAAUGGUCAAGCGGGUUGUAAUGGGUCAGCUGCUGGUGAACAUCCUUCUAGAACUCUUUUUGUCAGAAAUAUCAACAGCAAUAUUGAAGACUUCGAAUUAAAAGCUCUUUUUGAGCAAUAUGGAGAGAUACGGACUCUAUACACAGCCUGCAAGCACCGAGGUUUUGUCAUGAUUUCUUACUAUGAUAUAAGGGCAGCUCGAAAUGCCAUGAAAGCGCUUCAAAGUAAGCCAAUGAAGCGCCGGAACCUUGACAUACAUUAUUCAAUACCCAAGGACAAUCCUUCUGAGAAAGAUAUCAACCAGGGAAUCUUGGUGGUAUCAAACCUUGAUUCUUCUGUUUCAAACAGUGAGCUUCAUAAAAUUUUUGGAUUUUAUGGAGAAGUCAAACAAGUUCGUGAGGUUCCAGACAAGUAUCAUAGCAAGCUUGUAGAGUUUUAUGAUGUCAGAGCUGCAGAAAUGGCUUUUUGUAAGCUAAAUAAGACGAACAUUGCUGGGAAGCAGAUCACUCUUGAGCCAGGCUAUCCUAGUGGCACCAGACAUGGCUUGAUGCAAAUGUCCAACAUAGAACAAGUUGAUCAUGAAUCCAAUCUUUACCAUAGCUUUUGUGACAACUUUUCGUCAGCACAAAAAGCAAAAGUAUCUCCUGGAGUAAUUGCACCAAGUCGCAUGGCUAUUGGUUCUAACCAGGGCUUUCAUCCUGCAAUUUGUUCGCCUUUGAGCACAUCUUUUGAAAAUUCUCUCUCUCUUCAGAGUUCUAGUCUUCCAAAGACCAUGCCUUCUCCAAUGAGAAUGACAUCUGCUAGCAAACAAUUUGGUUUUUGUGAGACCAGUAACUCUCUGGAUGAAAUGAAGUUUGGUAACCAAGGGAUACAUGGUUUCCAUCACCAUUCGUUUCCUGAGAACCAUGAUAGUUUAGCUCAUGGCAUUCCAAGUUUGUCUCCCAAUGCUAUUGCAAACAUGACUAGUCUGGGUCUUGGAAUAAGGGAUGGAUGCAUCAAUCAUGUUCGCGGUGUGAAUACAAAUAGGCAUCCAGUGGAACUUAAAGGAGCUUUUGGAUCUUCAGGGAAUGGGAAAAGUCCUGUUCAUGAACAACAUUCUGCAUGGAAUAACUCCAGCUCGUAUCAGCAACCUCCUUCUAGUUCUUCGCCGUGGCACAAUUCACCUUCAUUUGUCAAUGGUCUUCAUGCACAUCGCUUUCCACAAACUCAGGGAUUCCCUAGAGCAUCACCUCAUAUGUUGAAUUCUUCUUCACCUUUACCUCAUCACAUUGGAUCAGCACCAGCGGUUAACCCCUCACUAUGGGAAAGGCAUGCAUAUUCCCCAGAAACUUCUGGUCUUCACCUGGGUUCUCUUGGGAGUGCUGGUUUUCCUGGUAGUCCUCAAUUGCAUUUCAUGGAUAUUUCUUCUCACAAAAUAUUUUCUCAAGUUGGUGGAAAUUGCAUAGACAUGACUGUUAAUGCUGCGCAACACUCUUCUCACCGUAACUGUCACAUAUUUCCUGGGAGGAAUCCAGUAAUUUCGAUGCCUACAUCUUUUGAUUCUCUGCAUGAAAGUGCAAGAAACUUGUCUCACCGUAGGAAUGAAGCGAACUCUAAUAAUGUUGAUAAGAGGCAAUAUGAACUUGAUAUUGAUCGCAUAUUGCAUGGGGAGGACAGCCGAACAACGCUGAUGAUCAAAAACAUUCCUAACAAGUAUACUUCAAAGAUGCUUCUUGCUGCAAUUGAUGAGUACUGUCGAGGAACUUAUGACUUUCUCUAUUUGCCGAUUGAUUUCAAGAACAAGUGCAAUGUGGGUUAUGCGUUCAUCAACAUGAUUGAUCCUCGUGAGAUUAUUCCAUUCUAUCAGGCAUUUAAUGGCAAAAAGUGGGAGAAGUUUAACAGUGAAAAGGUGGCAUCUUUGGCCUAUGCUCGUAUUCAAGGAAAAUCUGCUCUUAUCGCCCAUUUUCAGAACUCAAGCUUAAUGAAUGAGGAUAAGCGAUGUCGCCCUAUUCUAUUUCAUACAGAUGGCCCAAAUGCUGGCGAUCCGGAGCCCUUCCCCAUGGGUACAAGUAUCCGGCCUAGGCUGGGAAGAACUCGAGUGAGUGGAAAUGAAGAGAACAACCAAGGAAUCUCUUCAGCUUUUGCAAAUCAAGAGGAAAUUAUCUUUGAACUCGAUUCUUCUUCACCAGGUCCUUCUAAGGACUCUGAUUGAGCAGAACCGGUCAAAUGGAGCGACUAACUUUGACUUUUGAAACGUAAUAUCACCCUAUAGAAGUUAUAUAUUUUCCCCCAAUUUAUAUAUACUAUAGAUAUAUUAUCAAAGGUGGUGUAUCAGUAUCAGUAUCCACUUCCUUUAUUUUUGGCUAUAGAGGAGAGCACUACUACCUACUGCAAUUUUUGGAUGACCUAAAAGCAAGAGUUUGCUUAAUCAACUUGCUCCUUCCUAAUUAUCUGAAAUUCUUGGUAUAAUAGAGGCCGAACAAAGGGUCCAAGUUUUGCACUAUUUGUGAGUGAAUUAUCUAUCUUUCAGUGUACAGAAGAUGCUUGGGACAUAUGUACUACUAGGAUUAUCUUUUUAACUCCACACCACACCACACCACACCACCCUUGUUUUUCUUCUCUUGUGGGCUAUGUUUUUGGUUGGUCAAGGAGGGAGAGACAGAGCAACCAACCUAGAAGACUCUGACUAUUGCACUUUGUUAAUUUUUUUUCAUUGCUAACCAACCAUGAUUUGAUCAUAUUAUUUUCUCAUUAUAUUGGAAUCUUAUUUCCCCUUGGCCUUUUACUUUUUA